UAAAUUCGUAUAAACAAUCUUGAAGAAGUGCUUGUAAAUUUCACAAAUCACCGAGUUAUUAUGGCUUUCCUUUCAGAUAUUCUCGUUGCUGGCACUUUGCUUAUCAAUGCCUGUGCAGUAUUGAACUUUAAACUUAAGAAGAGGAACCCCAUGGAUUCAUUUGGAGAAGAGAAUGGAGAACCUUCACUUGGUGAAAAAUUAAAGGAUUUUAUCAUCAAUCUUCGCUACUUCAGGAUUUUCAUUGGUUUAUGGAAUCUUAUAAUGAUGCUGUGUAUGGUCAUACUAUUUGGUUCCUGACUGAAACUUAUGGAUAAGGAUCACAUAUUUUUUGGGGUUAAGCAAGAGGACAUCAACUAAUUUGCAAAUUUCUCAAUAAGAACUUACAAUACAUGUACAUGACAUAAUUGUCAACAGCAUAGCUUCACAGAGAGCAUUGACAAUGGCUAGUAGUUUGGAUGGCUUAAGAACUGCUGAGAGAACUACUGUAGUUCACAAAGAAAACAAAAGCAUUUUCAUUUCAUCUAGUUCUUUUUCAUUUCUUUGCUUUUCUAGGGACUGUUUUAACUUUGAAUUACUCCCUUUGGAAAUAUAGUAUGCUAAGAAAAAAAUAUAAACAUAUUUUGUUUAUACAUGUGUAGGUGUAGAAAACAGAUAAAAUUAUUCAGUGUUGGAAUUAGAGGAAUAGUCAAGGGUUUUUCGAUUUUAAACUUGUUAUCGCAAAAAGAAGUUAAUUCUGUUGACUUGCUCCCCAAGGCUAAGCAAAUAGAUUGGAAAAAAAAAUUCCUGCUGACCUUGUAGAUAUAUAUUUUAAAAGUGGAACAUAAAAGGCAGCAAUUUCUCUGUAAUCCUUCUGGAAGAUGCACAGUGGUGCACAAUAGCAUAACAUGAAUCAGCCAAUAAUGGUU